CGCACUAGUGGGAAUUGGAAUUUUUCGUGCACACUUCCUUGUUUAUUCCUCCGUUGGAAACCGUGGUAGACAGAAUUCUGGAUGAUUACAAGUUAUGGAGUCGUUUUCAGUGAUAUGGUAUUCGUUUCUGCUCGUUAAUGUUCAGUUCUUCGUCUGGAAAGUAGGUGAGUAUCUUCUCUUAAUCAUAAAAAUCUUUGUAUUGUUUGAGAAGGGAACGUCUUGUUUCAUCAGCUUCAGUUCUCAGCUCAAACUACUUUGGGUAAACUUCCAUGCAGUUUGUGUCGUUACAUUAGGUCGCCGAACUCAAAAAGAAAAAAAAGUGAUUUAUGCACGUUUGAUUAUUACUGCUACUGAUUAAGUCCGUGCCAAGUGAGACGAAUUUGUGAACGCUAGCAUGUCUAGAAAUAUCAAGUUGAUAUUUACUAGUAAUAUUCUACUGAACUGUAAGCGUAAGUUUGAAUGUGGCGCCGAGGAUGACUCCUCUUCCAAGCUUUACCUUUUCCUCCCAUUACUUAACCUUGCUCAAAUUUUCUCAUGAAUUUCUAUUAAAAGGGGUAUUGAAGUCUGAGCUAAGAAACAUUUUCUUUCAUAAUCGAGGAGUAAAAUAACAGUAAAUUAUUGAGAAGAAUUUGGAGCUGGAUGAAUAAGAAAAUGGAUAUCUGCUGAUCUGUGCUAUUUUUCAGCUUUAUCUACAAGGGCCGAUGAUAUUUUCCUUUAGAUAUUAAUACAAGACACUUGGAAGCCUACAUUUUUGUAAAUAUGCAGCACAUCAGGGUGCACUUUCAUUUUCUCUUUCCUUCUAUAGCACUUAAAAAUUUACGAGACAUUUGAGACUUGCGCAUAGUUUGGUGAUAAAUAUGUCAGUGUUUGAGCUUAAGAGAGUAUUUUUUGUGUGAUAGCAGAUAAUGCAACUUGAUUGCUUAGCUUUAGAAAAUAUUUCUUACUUGCUAAAGUCGACCUUUUAUUUCUUUUAUCUCAUUUUUUUAAAAUUAUUAUCCAGUCCACAAAACGUAACUUGCAACACUAACAUUACUUACACAAGUAGCCUCUACUUACAAGGUUUUAUUGCAUUUUUUCCAAAACUGGCAUGCACUAAGUUAAAAAUAACUUACAUUACUACACUUAUUUAAAUCACGAGACUACAUUACUAUUGUACAACCAAUAACCUCAAUCUGGUAUGGAAAUGUGCCCAGAUAUUUGUUCAUGGACAUUUUCUGUUCUAAGAUAAUCAAAAACAAACAGCUAACCAGUCAGUGUCAAAUGUUCACUCUUCCUUGUUCUGUGGCAUAACUUUAUAAACAGACAUGUCUCUUUUCUGUAAGUCCUCAAGAUGCUCACUUGUAUUAAAUUAAAAGUUAAACAGAAACUUAUCAUGUUGCAUAUUAUCAUAUUGAAAAUUUGGAAUUAUCUGUGGAUAUUCCUCUGUUCUAGCUGGGGAGUUUUCAGUCACAUGAUGUGUCUAGAAAAAUUUCUGACAAGCAAAAAUAUUUGAUAGAUUAUAAACAUAUACACAAUACAAGCAGUUACAUUACUGGCUACAGGGUUUACAAAAGGAGAAAAUCUCAAGAAACAAAACAAAAGAAGAGAAAAAAAAAUGAAGAAUAGACAAGAUGACUUUAUUGUGACUGUCAAAAACUGAAAUUUUUAUAAAAUGUUUAAUGUUAAUGUUGGAACAUGCUAGUGCGAUGAUUGAAAAAAAGCUAGCCAAAAAGUUGAAGGUGUUCAGAAUAACAGAUAUUCAUGUAGUAUAUACCACUUCUUCCUUUUGAAGAUUUUGUGUGUUUCUAUAGUGCCUGAAAUGUCUUAUUUUAAUCUUUUUCUUUAUUUGACAUGAUAAAUUACUCAUACAAGAGGUUGUAUUGAUUAGUUGAAACAUGCUUAUUGAUUGUUUCAGUGAAAGUUUUGAAUUGGAAGGUAGCAAAAAGGGUGAAUCCACAUGUAUAUAGCAGAAGCCCAGCCUUGCAGUCCUUAAAUCCCUCAAAUCAAAGUUAAGAACCCUUUAUUUCUAAGUGAUGUAAAUGGUAAAAGUUGCCUCUACUUGCACCUACAUCUGUACAAGUACUCCUUGUUACUGUAUCAACUGGAGUUACAGGACUGCCAUUCAAACUCCUCUGUGAUGGCAGCGUGGGAGGUGGCUCAGCAUUCUCUUUUGCAGAGACACUGAAAAAGUUCUCAACAGUGGAAUAGCUUUGUGAAAUGCUGCUUGUGUUGCCAAGGAUCUCUCAGAUCAUUAUCUUGCUCCUUUCCCAAAAGGUACAUGCUGCAUCUACUGUCAGUUAAUUAAUUAAUUAAAAUGGAGUUUAUAUCGACAAAAUCAGUUCAAAUUGAUCACUGCUCAUUUCACCUUUAUGGGCACAGUGUAUCUGAAAGUUAGGGAUCAGUUUGUGUGUUUGUGUGUUUGUCGGUUUGAUAAUUCAACCAAGGAUUGAUUUUUGUUUUCCUUUUUUUUCUUUUUUCAAAUCUGUUGGUCACCAAUUAGUGACUUUUGUGGAAAUUUAAGUUGCCAAAUAUAUUACCUACUACUGUAAAAUGUAAUACCUACUAUUGUGAAAUGGUUGCGUCUGUACUUCUCUGUUGUUAUCUUUUUGGUGAAAGCUACCAUGAUGAGAAAGUGCUAGAGAGUAGAAAAAGUGUACAAAUCAGAUCAGGGAAGCAACAAAAUAGCUGUCUCGCUUCUGAAAGCCACAUCUUCAAAGGAAUGAAGGCAUCUUGAUUAAUGUUUCUGAAAAUCUCCUUCCUCUGCUCAAUUAUUUUACAUGUAGAGAGGUAAUGAAUAUUUCUCAAUACAAUCUCAAUGCUGCUGUAAUUUAUGGAAAGCAAUGGUCACUUUUUUGUCAUGCCAGAAUUUUAUAGUUGCCUGUAGAUACUUACCAUGACAGGUAAAGAAUUACCAUGCUGUGCUUGGUGGUUUCUGAUUGUUUGGUGCAGUUACAACUUCAGAGCCCUUUUGAUAAGAAAUUUAUCACACAUUUGAGAAGCUGACAAAUUUUCUCUCCUCCCUUUGCUUAGGGUGUUCAAUGCAAUCAUUAUUUAUGCAUCUUCCUGAAUCUUGUAGCAACUUGUGAAACAUAUUUAUUAGUCUUUUGCAAAUCGACUUCCAAUGUGACAGGUCAACUUCAAGUAAGACCAGUGGUCUUAUUCAAGUAAAAUCAACAACAUUUUCAACCCACCCUUUUAGCCACUUGCAGAAUAUUUAUAGUGUCCAGAAAAUCAACUUCUAAUGUGAUGACUUCAUUUCAGCUGUGGUGAAUGGUCUGAAUAGAGUGGAAUGACAAGUCGAGUAGCCAACAUUUUGAAACCUCCUUUGCAGAAACUUGCAGAAUAUAUUGCAAAUGGACUUCUGUUAUAACAGGUAGACUUCAACUGGGACGAGUCAUCAACAACAUUCCUAACCCUCCCUCUUAGCCACUUACAGAAUAUAUAUCAAGUGUCUUGCAAAGCAAUUUUUUAGUAUGGCUAUGACUUUUUACCUCAAGAGGAACAGUUUAUUCAGAUUACCUUGAUAUGGGACGCCAUAACUGCAAAUUGACUUCCAGUAGGCGGAUUCAAAGGCUACCUUUGACAAAUCGACUCAAUUUGGGUGUAUUGGACAACCCUCGAAAAAUCCAGAAUGAUGGUAACCAUCCAACUGCAGAGAAUAAUAAAUUGUAUACCUUGGUAGUCUACAUAAACAGUACAAAACAAUAUCUUGAGUUUAUCAAAUUUCUGUGAGCAAAAUUCAUCAAAUGUAAACACUGUGAGCCAAAUCUUUCCCUGCCUGCACAAACUAUUUUCCAUUUAUACAUGUAUGUCAGGUUUCACCUCACAGUCACUUAAUAGAUAUUUGCAUUGUAACACAAUGAUCUUUGUUUACAAGGUUUCUUUUGCUUCCAGAAUGCAUUUUAUGUGAACACAAGUUUUUGUAAUUGACUGAGAAUAGAGAUACGGGGCAAUGAAUAUCCCUAGUUUGCUUUAGUCAGAUUAGCACAGGAUCUGGGUUUUUGUCUGCUAAAGUGCUAUCUAAAUAUUAUUUUGUUCACUCUAAAGUGGCAUUUAAAGCAACAAUGCUAAGUUUAAACUGUAACAAGCCUGGUUGUCAUUUUUGCAUGGUUAUUUUUCCAAGAUAAUGGCAUUAUGCUUAGGCAAGUUUAAAACAACUAAUUAUCACAGUGUCUACACUUGAGUGAGUGAGUGAGUGAGUGAGUGAGGGAGUGAUCAUUUGCAUAGCAGAGUCCUCAUAAAAAUUUUCUUACAUGCUUCGAGUACCACAAGUUAAGUUGUCUUAAGGGUGUACCUGAGAAAAAAAUGCUAACAGAUAGCUACGUGUACCUCAAUGUUUUGCUUUUUGAGUAGCAAUUAUCUUCAUAAUUUCACAUACUGUAGACUGGUUUCAUCUUUCCAGUAGAGAACAAAUAGAUUGUGUUUAUGUUGAACUUCAUGAGAAUUAUUUUAUUAUUGACGAUUUUUUACAUAUUAUGUAUUUACAAUUGUAUGAGUGUGAGUACAUUGUUAAUGUCUAUUUUGAACUCGUCCUUCUUGGCAAAUGGUUGUUUGUGUUUGAUUGAAACAUAAAGAUAUUGCAAUGUUCAAACAGAUAACCUGACCCCACUGUAUGUUAUAUGAACUGGUUAAUUUCUUUGUGCUGUAGAUGCAACCAUAACAUGGACUCUUCCCACUCCACAACGUGGUCCAGUCAGCAAUUCAGACUUCUCAGUUCGAACAACAGUCAAAGUUUUUUAUGGUAGAUCUCUUGAGUUGCGUUUGGAAUGGGACUUUACUUUAUCUGGUGAAGUACUUUCUUUUGUGUCAUGGAGAAGAGGUGGCACUGACAGAAUCGGGAGUAAAGCUUCAUCUGGAGCUGUUACAUUACUUCCCACCUUUCAAGGACAAUUUAACAUCAGUUCUAAUGAUCGUGCCACAUUGAUAAUCUACAAUACCACAGCUGCUGAUGGAGAGAAAAUCACAUGCAGGGUGGUCACUGAGAGGAAUAUUUGGGAGGAUGCAAUUCUUGUAGUCAUAAAAGGUGAGUGUUCAUUUUGUUGGUUUACUCUGUAUAAUACUUGUGUAUGUGUAUGCCUAAUUCAACUACGUUUUGAAACAUUUUGCUUCUUCCACAAGAGAAUGUGCAUCAUGGUUCAUGUUAACUGUAUAUGCACAAGUAGCAGUGCAUCUCUGAGGGUGUGAGGAAGAAAAUAAAAUCUUGUUUGGGUAAUUGUGGAGGAUUACACAACUUUUAGAUGCGGCAAAUAUAUUAUAACUGAAAACUGACCCUCCGACAGGAAAUGUUAUCAUACCUUUUUUUGAUCACAUAAUUGGGAAAUUCAUUCUUGUGAGAUAAGCUUCAUGAUGUUUUACAGUAAGUGUUUUUUUUUUUCAGAUUGUAGUUUGAAAAUUAAAACAUAGUUGUAGUUUGUCGAUUUAAUAUUGUUGAUGAAUGAGAAAAAAUGAAAUGAAAUGAAAUGAUUUGAUGCAAUAUUUCUUUUACUCUGCCUGGCCAUCAUUCUUUGGAGUGCUUGAAUGUUGUAAGCAAAAUUGUUACAAGUAUCGGUUUGUUUCUUAAAUCUUUUUCUCACUAUUAGCAAAAACAUUUCUUCAAAUUUUGCAAUAUUGGGAAAUCAAGGUAACUGACCCUCCAACAUGAAAUGUUGGUGAAUGAUUUUAUUAUUGACAAUUUUUUACUUAUUAUGUGUGUACAAUUGUAUGAGUAUGAGUACAUUGUUAAUGUCUAUUUUGAAUUCAUCCCUCUUGGCAAAUGGUUGUUUGUGUUUGAUUGUAAUAUAAUGAUAUUGCAAUGUUCAAACAGAUAACCUGACCUCACUGUAUGUUAUAUUAACUGGUCACUUUCUUGGUGCUGUAGAUCCAACCAUCAUAUGGACUCUUCCCCUUCCACAACGUCCAGUUAGCAAUUCAGACGUUUCAGUUCGAACAACAGUCAAAGUUUUCGAUGGUAGAUCUCCUGAGUUGCGUUUGGAAUGGGACUUUACUUUAUCUGGUGAAUUACUUGCUUUUGUGUCAUGGAGUAGAGGUGCCACUGACAAAAUCGGGACUAAAGCUUCAUCUGGAGCUGUUACAUUACUUCCGGCCUUUCAAGGACAAUUUAACAUCAGUCCUAAUGAUCGUGCCACAUUGAUAAUCUACAAUACAACAGCUGCUGAUGGAGAGAAAAUCACAUGCAGGGUGGUCACUGAUAGGAAUAUUUGGGAGGAUGUAAUUCUUGUAGUCAUAAAAGGUGAGAGUUCAUUUUGUUGGUUUACUCUGUAUAAUGCUUGUGUAUGUGUAUGUGUAUGCCUAAUUCAACUACAUUUUGAAACAUUUUGCUUAUUCCACAAGAGAAUGUGCAUCGUGGUUCAUGUUAACUGUAUAUGCACAAGUAGCAGUGCAUCUCUGAGGGUGUGAGGAAGAAAAUAAAAUCUUGUGAUUGUUGGGUAAUUGUGGAGGAUUACAUAACUCUUAGAUGUAGCAAAUAUGUUAUAACUGGAAACUGACCCUCCGACAGGAAAUGUUAUCAUACCUUUUUUUGAUCACAUAAUUGGGGAAUUCGUUCUUGUGAGAUAAGCUUCAUGAUGUUUUACAGUAAAUGUUUUUUUUUCAGAUUGCAGUUUGAAAAUUAGAACAUGGUAGUUGUAGUUUGUAGAUUUUACGUUGUUGAUGAAUGAGGAAAAAGCGGUAUCCAGUCAAGUCGCCGACGGUUCAACUCGCCAACGCCAACUCGCCGAAGUAUAAAUCGAGUAGAGACGUCGGCGAGUUUGUCUUCAACCCAGUACAACUUAUUAAAAGUUAAACAUAUAGAAAAGUAAAAGAUCUUUAGUAAAAAAAAAUUUUUUUUCUUCCAACAAGUUUAUAAGGAUCUCUUGGCGAAUAAAGCAAGAUAAACAUCGCCAAUGACUAUAAUUAUUGUGUGACAACAAUACUGUAACGAUUCGUCAUGUCAGUCGGUCAGAUUUUUUUAAGAAAACUUGGCUUUCUAGACAAAAUCUUAAGUGAAAAACAAUUAUUUUUAUUUCCAACAAAGUUUAUAAGUAUCUCAAGGCGAAUAAAGCAAGAUGAACAUCGCCAAUGACCAAAAAAGCUUUAGACGCGAACGAUCGAGUCAGGUAGUUACUAUAAGGAAUGAGCUAAAAUGAGCUAAAAUGACCCGAAGUGAUGUCAAAAAUGACCUUAAAUGACCUGAAAUGAUCGAAAAUAACCUACACUGUCUAAAAUCGUCUGAAAUGCGGUCACUGGAACAAUUUAAAAUAGUAAUUGCCAGCGAUACACAACAGAACAAUAGAACUGAAUGCGCGAUCUGAGUGCUUACCUGAACGGCUGUGACGCAGAACUUAGGUGCCGUGAAUAUCAUAAGACCGAAGAUGACUCGAAUACUACCCAAGAUUUCGGAACAUUUUGGAGAAAAUUAUCGAUGAUUACUGGCUUACUUCUGAACGAAGGAAUAUUAACGUAAGCUUGGAGGAACUUGCCGAGGUGCAGCGCAAAAAUUCGGACUGAGCCAUCCGCUUUGCGAGAUUUUCCUGCCCAGACUACACUCGGCUGAUAUCACUAGCUGAUACUGAUCUUUCGCCCGCGGGAGAUAAGAAAGAUUCACAUUCUCUCUUGAGUCCCUACAUGUAUUAUCCAACUAUCGGUAAAACCCAUGAAAAGAAGGGAAAAGAAGAGCCACCGUCGGCUUCUGAUUGGAAAGCAGUCUGCAUACACGAAAGAAUGUGAAUAAAUCAAAAGAGGUGACACCUUAAAUUAAAUGGUCUCACAUGGACAACAGGAAAUGAAGAUAACAAAACGCCAAUUUUAUUUAAAUGAGCUAAACAUUAAUCAAUAUUGAAUACUAGCCAAUUCUAUACCUUUUAUCAAUGCAAAAUAAUGUUUCAUGUAAAUAUAAAACAACUAUUUACUCUGAAAGAUAUUUUCCAAUUGGCACAAAUUAUGUGCCAAUUGUGUCAAGGUUGUAGGUCAUUUUAGAAAUCCCUCAAGGUCAUUUUAGAUCAUUUUAGGUCAUUUUAGAUCAUUUUAGGUCAUUUUAGAUCAUUUUAGGUCAUUCCUUGUUUUAGUAACUACCGAUCCAGUUAUUGUGUGACAACAACGCUGUAAAGACUCAUCAUGUCUAUCGGUCAGAUUUUUUUUUAAAAAACCUGCUUUCUAGACAAAAUCUUUGGUGAAAAAAAAACGAUUCUUUUUAUUUCCAACAAAGUUUAUAAGGAUAUCAAGGCGAAUAAAGCAGGGUAAACAUCGCCAAUGACCAAAAAAGCUUUAGACGCGAACGAGUAAUAAUAACUCUUUCGCGUCUAAAGCUUUUUGGUCAUUGGCGAUGUUCACCUCGCUUUAUUCGCCUUGAGAUGCUUACAAACUUUGUUGGAAAUAAAAAGAAUUGUUGUUAUUAAAGAUCUUCUCUAGAAAGCUAAGUAUUUUUGAGAAAUCUGACCGAUUGACAUGAUGAGUCUUUACGGUGUUUUUGUUACACAUUAUCUCGCUCGCGUCCAAAGUUUUUUUUGGUCAUUGGCGAUGUUUGCCUUCCUUUAUUCGCCUUGAGAUCCUCAUAAACUUUGUUGGAAAUAAAAAGAAUUGUUUUUUACAGAAGAUCUUGUCUAGAAAGCCAAGUUUUCUUUAAAAAAAUCUGACCGAUUGACAUGAUGAGUCUUUACAGUGUUGUAGUCACACAAUAAAUCUCGUUCGCUUCUGAAGCUUUUAUAGUCAUUGGCGAUGGUUACCUUGCUUUAUUCGUCAUGAGAUCCAUAUAAACUUUGUUGGAAAAAAAAAAUGUUUUUUACUAAAGAUCUUUUACUUUUCUAUAUGUUUAACUUCUAAUAAGUUGUACUGGAUUGAAGACCAAGUCGCCGACGUCUCUGCUCGAUUUUAUGCGUCGGCGAGUUGGUGUUGGUGAGUUGAACCAUCGGCGACUUGACCAUAAUUCGAAAAAGCAAAUGAAAUGGUUUGAUGCAAUAUUUCUUCUACUCUGCCUCGCCAUCAUUCUUUGGAGUGCUUGAAGGUUGUACGCAAAAUUGGUACAAGUAACGGUUUUUUACUUAAAUCUUUUUCCCAGUAUUAGCAAAAACAUUUCUCCAAAUUUUGCAAUAUUGGGCCAUCAAGGUAACUGACCCUCCAACAUUAAAUGUUAUCAUACCUUUUUUUUAAUCACAUAAUUGGGGAGUUCGUUCUUGUGGGAUACGCUUCAUGAUAUUUUACAAUUACAUUUUACAAUAGAUUUUUUUGCAGGUUGUAGUAGUUGUUUGUAGAUUUUACAUAGUUGCUGAAUGAGAAAGAAGCAAAUGAAAUAAUUUUAUGCAAUAUUUCUUCUAGUGCCUCACUAUCAUUAUCUGGUGUGUUUGAAGGUCGUAAGCCAAAUUGUUGCAAGCAUCUGUUUGUGACUCAGGCCCCAAGCAGUUUUAAACAAGGAGAAUUGUGUUCCACCACCUCCCUUUUUUUGUUUCCCAAUCUAAAAUAUACUUUAAAGAUUAGUAACAGUCCUUGCCCCGUGUUAUAGUUAAAGAUUAGUUAGUUGUCAUUUUUUGAGUAGUUUUCAGCUUUUGCUGUAAUUGAAAAUUAUUCUUUUUAAAUCCAAGAGACUAAUGGCAAAUUUGAGCUUGUGUCACUGUCUCAAUUUUUUCCUUGUGAAUUGAUGCCAUUCAUGUUCUCAUGUUAGUGGAUGACUUGAAAUGUGCCCCCUCCCAAGGACAGGAGACGUUGAUGACAUGCUUUUCAAACUAGGUCUUCAAACAUAUAGGUGGAAAGCCAUGUGAAGAGUUGCAUGACCUGGACAAAGAUCUUUGCAAGAUCCCAAUCAAAAAUUUAAUCUUGAGGAUCUUAGCAAAGAUCUUGCUCUGUUCUUGAGGAUCUUGAAGGAUUAUAACAAAGGACUUUGCAAGGAUUUUAAUGAGAAUUGGAGGAUCCUUAUCUUUACAGACAGAGGCAAUAUUGUUGCACAUGCAGAGUUUCACUUUUGCUGUUUGAUAAAAAUACCUUACUGAAUUACAAAUAUGUUUAAAAAUCAUACAGCAUUUGAAAGGGAAGGCCUUAAGUUUAGCGUUAUAAAAAGAGCCUCUUACAAACUGUAAGAAACCGAUUUUACUGCAGUCAAUCCUCCCUUUGAAACCACACAUUGUAAUUGAGGACCUCUUGGUAGUAACCACUUUUUCAAAAUGCCAAAGGUUCUAAGUCAGAUCUAUCAGUGGAACCUUCCACAAGGGACCACCUCUCAGAAGUGACCAACCUAAGAGAUCCCUAUUUUCAAUAUUCUUUUUUUUUUACCUCUGGUAGGCAACCAUUGUACAGACAAUAUUAUUUAUCUCAAGUAAGUGGAAACAGAAAAUUGCCACCCAAAUUAGCUUUACAUCUUGACUGAAAUAACAAAUGAGCUAAGUUUCUUUUGUGUGAAUUGUCCCAAACAGUAUUUUCUGGGAUACAAAUAAAUCACCAUAAGAUUCUUUUCCUUUGAAUAAGCUGCUGAAAGUUAUUAGUAUAGCUUUCAAGAAGUGCGGACAACAUGGGGUGGUCACCAUGUGUAAAUUACCUGAAAUAUGGACCCCCCUUCCAUAAGUGACCACUUAGACUUGCAAAUUUCAGGUGGUUGAUUACAGGAGGUUUGAAUUUGUUAAAAUCUAUGUACUACAUUUUUAAAGUUCAAAAUCUAUGCAUAGAACAUACAUAAAAAUGGCUCUGAAGUACUACAAAAAAUUCAGAUGUUCAUCCAUCAUUUCACAAAAGGUGGUUAGGCAACUUGUUUCAUUCCUUGAUGACCCUCACAAAGAAGGAGUGUUUGAAGGCACUGUAUAUGGUGUGAAGGUAACUUAAUUUAUUAACUGCCAUAUAACAUUCUACUAAAGGGAAGUACUCUCUUAAACACUUAAAUGUGCUCCAACCCAAUAAUUUGCAUCUCUCUUUACAUGACAUCUCUUGUGGUUUUGACCAAGAGCUAUUUUUGAUGCUCUUCAUUGUAUUUUUUUUAAUGGCUACAUGUAGUUUUUCUUUAAUCAGGUAGGGUGACUUUACUGGACAUGAAUAUUCUAGGAGAGGUCUUACUAGUGAUCUAUAAAGGUUUAAGAAAAUCUCUCUGUGUACCUACUGCUAACUGUAUGCUUCAGUGAGCCUAGUAUUUGUUCUUCUUGUUUGCUGACACAUCUAAGUGAAUUGUCAAGGAUAAAUCUCUUUACAGGAUGACACAUAGUUCCUCAUAGAAGUCGACGGAUUUUAACGUUAGGUUUUACAGAUGGUACUGAUGUUUACUUUUAUCCUGCUUGUGGGUCAUUCUCUUAACAUCGCAUUUUGGGGGGUUAAAGUUAACUUGCCAACUCCUCCUUUAGUUAUCUUAAGAGUCCAGGUCCUACUGCAGCACUGAUAUUUCAUUUCCAUAGCUUUGUUAGCAAUAGAUGUUGUCUUAUCUGUGAACAAUUUAAUUGAGGAUGUAACGAUGUUUGGUAUUUCAUUUAUGUAAGUGAAGAACAAGAUGUGUCCAAUGAUAGACCCUGAGGCACUCUUGUUUUUUUCAGUUGACCUUUUGGGUUACAGUGUAGGCUCCACAUAUCACAACUGUCUGUUGUCUGCUCUUCAAAAAGUGGCUAAACCAAAACAAUAUGGAAUCAUCAAUGCCAUUUCUAUUGAGUUUGGGUGGUAAACACUCAUUAGGUACUUAAUAACUGGUCAAGUUUCCCAAAAGUCAUCUGGCCUAAUGUCAUUUCACCAAAAACAAGAGUAGUGUCACCUGUAAUUUUUAGUAAUGUCACUCAAAGAAACAGUGAUUUAUAAUAUCAGACUUACGGACUGUUAUUUGGCAAUAAAGUUAAGACAUCUUUUUCACUUAAGUGGUUUUCAUUUUGGACAACACCAUGAAGACUUUGACACACAGAAAACAAUCAGUUGAAAUAUGUCUGAGUAAUGACUCAAAAAGGAUUUUUUUGUUUCUAAUGCAGUUGUAUCCAUGGACCUUUCAUAUUCAGUCCUUUCAUACCCAAAUUCAGAAGAUUCACACAUAGUUUUAGUCAGUUCGGGUAGAUUCACACUUAUCAAAACAUUUAUUGUUGAUCAAAACUGUGGAAAAAAUUGUGAGACAUAAGUCAGGAUUUUGGCCAACAUAUUUGCAGUAGAGUUAAUUCCCUUUAGUCUAGGAUUUCAGAUCAUGGGUCGAUUUAAGGUGGUACUGAAGGCUAAAUUCAUUGAAUUUUGUUUUAAAUAUUAGUGGACAGAUUAUGUGGAAGGACUUGAAAUUUCCACAUUUGAUAUAUAGGACUCUACACAUAAUCUGAGAAAAAAACCUUUUAUUUUCCUCAGUGCCAUGGAAUUUGUGGAAUUUGAUGGAAUUAAGGAUGUUAGAAAUGCCUUUUUGUAGAAAAACUUUCCUGAAUUCCAAGUUACUUUAAUACCACUCAAAAUAGUUUGGCUCAUGCACAAAGAUGAAGGUAAUAAAGAUUUUCAGCAUAGUCCGUUGUGUAGGCAUAAUAGAAACGACACCUUUCAAAUGUUUACAUUAUUCCCUUGCGAAUUACGAAAGUGGUUCGGGGUCGAUCGAAGGAAAUAGAAUGCUGAAAACUAAAGAAAAAUAAAUCAAAUGACAAAUGGACUUAAACGAUGACUAAAAGGAAGCUCAGGACAAAAUUACUUACAUUCUGUGCUACACGAAGUCGAAAAAGACGCUACAAAUUCAAUGACGCUACAAACACGUGCAAGAAAACUCGCUUUUUUGUUUUUUUUUUUUUUCUGUCAUAUGAUUAAGUGUAGGACUAUGUAAACAACACAAGGUGUCAAAAAGAAAGAAAACCUAAACCAUGACAAAAAAGUGUCACUUCCUAGUUUCAGUCUCAACACAGUCUGCCACACAAAAUUCAAUUCUGACAACUUUAUCCUCAAGAAACAAAAAUUAAUUAAGGUUGCUAUCCCAUACCUUCUCAUCAGGACAAUUUUUGGCAGAUCAAGGUGGGCUGUUGUGUAAAUUUUCUCACCUGAUACCUUCCACAUAAUACAAUUAAGAAUUGUCUUUGAAGUGUAUUCAAUUUUUUUUCAAUGUGAUUUUCUGCUCUUAGUUCCCGCAGAUAUCACUGAAAUUAGAGGUGAACAAACUGUUCAUGAAGGUAGCAACUUGCAGUUAACAUGUGAAGCAUUUGGUAAACCAGAACCAAACAUCACCUGGACCAAAGAGAAGACAGGGAACCAAGGAAAUACAGGUGUGCUACAAGAAGGAAAGGUGCUGACUAUAAAGAAAAUAAGCAGGAAUGCUUCAGGAACUUUCAACUGUGCAGCAUCUAAUGGUUUUGGAGAAGUAGAUAGCCAAACAGUUCAUGUGAAUGUCACUUGUGAGUAUGCAAUGAAAAAACUUUUAUUAUGAUGCUAAACGGAUGGGUACUUUCUAUUUACCUUUUUGCUGUAAUGUGUGCUGUCAUUUACUCGGAUUGAUGUGUGGUUUACAUCCAGGUAUUCAGAAGUUUUCACUUGCCUCUCUUAGUAUAAACUUUAAGUGUGCUUAGAAGCUAUACUGCUCCAUUAUUUGUACAAGUAGAAAUAAGCUUAAAAAUAUUUGAAGUAUCACCUCUAUGGUUUUGGGAGUGUGAAAGGAUGAGGACUAAAGAUUAGUUGAUGAAUGUUAAAGUAAUUUAAAUCCAUUUUAUUUAAAGCUCAGACAAAUAAACGUACAUUCAUGAAUGCAAGAAGAUUACCUAAUUGAUGUUACAUGCACACACAUACACAUUGAUGUUACACGCAUGCACAUGCCCAUUGAUGUUACUUGCACACACAUGCUGUAGAACUAUAUGCACACACAUGUAAAUCAAUUCAGUCUUCAGAACAAGAGACUAGAUGAACAAUUACCUCUUGGAUGUACUUUUUAGCUAUUGGUAACAAUUUACUUAGUGCUUAUUUGUUUUUUGCUGUUUUUUUUUUUAAUUUGAUUUUUUUUUCCUAAUUGAUGUACAGAUCCACCCAAGAUUGUUAAAUUUCAAACUGAUUAUUUUGUUGGUGUACAGAAAAGUGUAACUCUUAAUUGUGAAGCAGAAGGAAACCCUCCACCUACUUUCACUUGGAUUCCAUGUGACUCAGAUCAAGUUUGUGACAAGAACACUCUUCAUACUUCACAAGUCUUUAAUGAUGCCAACUAUACCUGCAGAGUUGCCAAUGCACUUGGAGUUGAUUCAAAAACCGCUAAUGUUUGUGAGUCACAUGUACAUUGUAUUCAUGCAUUGAACAGCUGUACCUUCAGACAAGUACCAACAUGACAUUUUGAUUGGGUUCUCAGAGUUGAACCAGGGGUUACCCUGUCAGGUUGUUAAAGCUUUAAUAGUGCCUUUACCUUGUCUUGGUGGAUAACUCUGUUUUCUUUAAAUAAUUAGAAUGUACAUGUACAAUAGUGAUUAUUUUAUUAGAUGUAAAAUUCAAAGAAAGCCAUGCAGUAAUUAAACUUCAGAUGGUGAGUAUCAAAAGUAGGGAAAAAACUACAUGUAUAGUCAGGGCUUCUGACAAGGUACAGGAAAAAUUGUAAUUGUGUGGGAUGUUAUUUUGGGAAAAUGGAAAUGAAGAUUUAGUUCUUUCAUCUUGUAGUUUGAAUUGUAAGCUGAAGUACUUAGGACCUUGAUAUUUUUUGGUGUGCAUCAUUUACAUAAAGUUGAAAUUAAAGGAAGAGAAGCCAAAUGACACCUUGUGGCCUCUCUGUAUUUUCCUCAAUGCCAUGCACUUGAAUUUGAAAGCAAAAGGUCACUUUGAUAUGAGCAACUGACUUUUCCCUUCCAUUGUUUUGCUUCAGUAUAAGAACAUUUUCAAAAUUUCGUCACACCGUUUCUCUUGUUCAUACUCAAAAAAAAGGACAACAACACAAUUUUUAAUUUUACAAGCAAUCAACACAAUCCACCAAUGAGAAAUGUGAUGAGAAUUUUACCAGUGCCCAGGAUCAUGUAGGCUAUGGCAGAAAUUCCAGUUGCUCUUGUAACAAGCCACUUACUGAAAGCAACAGACAUCUCAAUUGUCUCUGAGGUUAAAUUAUCUUAGAAUGGUCUUAAAGUUUUCACAAAACCCUGGUUUUCAAGUUGAAUACCUGUAUCAAUAGAAAGAUUGAGCAAAUCCCUUAGUAAUAUUUUUUCUCGUACUUCACAGACAUUGGAGGAAAUGUGAUUAACAUAACUAUUGUCAUCACAAGUGAAACAUGUAUAGAUGGAAAAUUCAAGCAAUCCUUAUUGCUGGAGAAAUUUGAAGAAUUGGUAAUUUAAUACACAUAUAACUUAGAUAUUGCCAUCAAAGCUAUUAAAUAAACUUAUACUAGUUUACACAGGAGGGAUAUUUUCCCAUAGAGACUGAUGUGCUGGCUGUAUAAUGAUUAAAAGGAAAUUUGGCUUGUGGAGAAUGUGUGGAGAAUAUUUCAUUUAAUUCUACAGUGUUUCUUGAAUUCCUAGAUUGCACGCAGUUUUUCACAGUUCUCUCAAAUCUUGAACUUGGAAGGCUUGUCACAAUCUUCUUACUAUUCAAUGUUUGCUCAUGGUCUUUAUUUAGGGCAUUAAGAGCCCUGGUGCUUUCUUUACAAAUUAAAAUAUGAGGCAAGUGACAAGAAGAAGAACAAUUAUUCAUUGAAGUAUCGCUUUAAAGAAACAACUGAUUAAUGCUUAGAGACUGAUUCUCUGCAAAACAGCCAUGUUCGAUUCAAUAGAUGAUAUUUGGUGUGUUCCUCAUUUGUUCUUAUGUGUCAUACAUAUACCGUAACAUUUUAAGAUAAAUGAUUAAAUUACUUACUUGCAGGUUGAGGGGGCUUUUGCCGAUAAACCUGGUUAUGAAGGAGUGCAGUUGAUAGGUGUGAGGUAUGUGAAUAAAUGGGAUUUAGAAAUUUUAUUAUUUGCUCUUUUGUUUUCUCUUUCCCAUUUCAUGUCACUCUAACCCUCAGUUAAUGUUUGUUCCAAGGUGUGGAAGUAUCAUUGUUGACCUUGCACUGAAAUUCAACUCGACUAAAAAGGAACAAGAUGUUAUUACAACACUUAAUGACGCUGUAAAAGAUGGAAAGCUGGGAGAGUUCAGUUUUGGUGCCAUAAGAGGAAAGAGACCUCAUCUGGAACCAACAGGUGGAGGUGUCACAUCACCACUUGACGUGUCCUAUGGGGUUAAGUCCUCAUAACAACUCAUAUGAAAGUUUGCAACUUGAUUAGGGAACGUCCUUGCCCUUUAGUUGGUUGGAAGCGUAUUUUUUUUCGGUGUGAAAAAAGUUCUUUAGAAAGUUACUGUAUUUAACUCAAAAUUGGUUCUGUAGCAAGUUAUACAGAGAUUUGAAAACUUGGUGUUUAAUGGUAGUAAUAACAAUGACAACCACAACCAGCCACAAUUUGAGCACUAAUAGGACAGUGUAUGCAUCAUGUGUGCGCGAUUUUGUUGUGCAUUUCGUCAAGUUAACAGUUGAUUUGUAUGCAAACAUGUAACAAAUGCUUAUCAUGUUUUCCAAUAUCUCCUGCUUUUUAUUUACCUAAAUUCACUUUUGCUCAGUAGUUUUAGAACAUGGUUUAUUUACAUCUUUUUUUUUCGAGAUGGUUAAUAGGAAAAAAUAAUGUGUGGCUCACAGGAGUCCAAACAAAUAGCAGCCAUGCUUGUUUUCCUUAAAUUAAUCGAGUGUAUUUCUUUAGAAUCUUCACAGCUUCCAAAUGGGACGAAAACAGGUAAAGCAUUCUUUAAUGACAAAUGCCGGACUUUGUAAAUGUUGAGCAACGAGUAAUUUAGUACUCUCUAGACACCAAGGACAAAAUUGUGCUUGUGUUACACACCAAACACUAUUACAUCUUUCUGGUUUAAGAAACAAUUUGUAGCUUAACUUUUAAUGAGCUUUAAAUAUUUGUAAUGGUGGCAGAUUAUAAUCAUGGUUUUCUUUUUUUUUUUCUGUUUCAUUUUGUCCGUGCAACCAACCCUGGCCGCGGAAAAAGGUGAGAUCUUACUAUGCCUUAUUUUAUGUACAAGGUUGUGGAUUAAGGAGUGGGCGGCUCUAUCUUAUUUUUGCUGUGAGUAACUAAUCGGAAGUUGUAGUUUAAGAGCUUGUGAAGAGGGGAGAAAUAUUCAAUAUUAAUUAUCCGGUAAUUUUUUUUAACCUUGCAUGAGAAGAAUCUGUAUCCCCAUCUUUUUCUGAACGAGUACUUAAUUACGCAUUGCAGCCUCUUAGUUUCCACAUAUGUAAUGAAUUGUGAAACACAAAAUUGUGGUAAGAAGAGAAAGAGUUCUGACUGAAUUCCAAAUGUUUAUUGACCAUAACAGGAGUACAAAGGCAGAUUCUUUAUGAUAAGAUCAUGGAUAAAAGAUUUUCUGACAUUUAUCACGCAUUUUAGGUACCAUAGGUAUUGUUGUUGGUGCAGUGUUUGGAUCAGUUGCUGCACUGGCUGUUGCCGGAAUAUUAGUUUUGUGGACUUGCAGGAAAAAAAGGCCCAACACGAAAGGCAUUGAAGGUAAGUGUUGCACACAUCUUAUGCUCUCAAAUGAACAAGGGUUUUGGCAUCCUAGAAAUAUAUCUUUGAUGUAUUUCCUUUCUUUUAGUAGUAAGUACAAUCUUUAGUUCACUAUCCGCUGCAUUAUGAUCUUUGCUGAAGCGAUUUCUAUAUUUUUAAGAGAUAACUCUUAUAACAAUGAAUUGUAAACUAAUAAUUUGUUUUGCUGUUAUCUACUUUGUGGUUAGCUAGUUCCAGUUAAAAGACCUCGCAUGACGUUUGAACACUCUAAGACUCAACUUGAUAUACAUAAAACAGACUUUAUUUUGCUUGUGAGAGAUAAAUUUUGCUUGUAGUUGAUUAUUUAUUGUUUAGUUUUGUUUUGGUUUGCUUUUUAUUUUUUUGUUUUGUUUUCUUUUUUUUACCACAGAGGUGGCGAUGAGCGGAAGGUGAGAUCUUUUAACGAAGUGUUGCUCUUUACUUGCGUUCUUCCUUUAUGGCUCGAUCGUUUUAACAAUUGAUCCAAUUACCGCUAACUUCAAGGCACAUCUUGCGCAGCAGUGAUACCACUAUACACUUUUGGACGAUGAAUUUAAUGAUCUGUAGAAAAACUGAAUUAAAAAAAACAAGAACAUUAGCAACUUCUUAAUGUAUUUGAGUUAAUUGUAUUAUCUGGGUGCGUGCGUGUGCGUGUGCGUGUGCGUGUGCGUGUGCGUGUGCGUGUGCGUGUGCGUGUGCGUGUGCGUGUGCGUGUGCGUGUGCGUGUGUGUGUGUGUGUGUGUGUACUUAUUAUUAUUACUAUUAUUGCUAUUAUUACUGUAUAUAUAUGUAAUGCAAGAUCGCUGCGUGUUAGUUCAGGUCAAAGUACUAGUUUUCUAGAUGUCCCCUAUUAGUGGAGUGAUCUUCCGUCGGUGAUCUCACUAUGACUCAUGAAUAGAAAGCUAUCAUUAUCAUUGUUAUUGUAAGUAAUGGUAAUAGGACUGAGUCAAGUCCAAUACGGUCUGUAAUCAUUCGAUUGAUUUUAAAAAUCGGACGACCGCGGAGCAGGAGUCCGAUUUGAUAAUUACAAGUUAAUCAAAAGUAGGACAAAAUUUAAGAAACUAUGUAUUUUGUUAAAAAAAAGGAAAGAAACAACGGGUAACUCGGUGAAGUACAGGACAUCAGCGAACGCGCAUGACACGAAAUAUUCAAUAACUCAGCCCAUGAACAAGCAUGACGAGUGCACUGUGCUAUUGGUGCCCCAACUGGGGCUUGUGAUAACCAAUCACGUUCGUGAAUUUUUAUAGUUUUGAUUAUUAUUACUAUUAUUAUUAUCAUUCUUGUUAUCUUUGCCAUUAUCAAUAUUAUCAUUAUCAUUGCUCCAAAAGUAUUCUUUUACAAUGAUAGGUUACUGCUGAGGUAGUGUUAUGGUCGACAAAUUUGUAGAGGCUUGAGAAAGACAUUUUAGUUAAUCUGACCUUAAUACUGUUAUUGUUUACUACAUAUUUGGAAGGUUGAUAAGGAUAAAGUCUGUGUUUCUUCGGUCUCAGGAAAUCACUCUGAGUACAUGAUAUUUGUCUCCACUGCUCGUAACUGGGGAAAAUGAAACUUUCAAUGCUUAAAUGCAGAGGAUGCGAAACCCUCUCUGGCUAUUAAAACAAACGUUCCCUUAAGAUAAUCACAUAUGUAAAGCUCAGGGCAAGUCUACUCUGCUCUUAUAGUCCGACUGUAGGGGGGAGGGUAUGGCUACAGAUAGGCUGUGACUGUAGCUGAGGCUAUAUCUGGUUUCCAGCUGUUCUUCUGACUGAACUAUGCUGUCUGGAGAGUAUUUCUCUUAUUUAGGAUUUUACAGUUGGAGAGAAUUGGGUUGGUUUUGUAAUAUAUUUUAUUUGCUGUUUCAGAACAUUUGGAAAUUCAAGUAAUGUAACAAGAGGAAGUACCGAUGUAGGUUAUGCGAUGAAAUCUUAUGCCUUCUUAUAUAGAGAUAUUUUUCUGUAGUCUUAGGUUUGUUUUGUUUUUAUGUUGCUGCCUUUCCGGAGAAUCUUCCCACUGCAGUUUACAGUCUACCUAAACCCAGAAAGCUAUGACUGAUACAGAUUUUAAGUCGAUUAUUCAUGGGUAUUUUCAAAUAAGUCUAAGUAAAUAGUGGUUUAUUUUUCACAAGACAGCUGGUUUGAAGAUUUGAAAUAGUUUCCAAGAAAGUUGGGUAGUUUAUCAUCUUUUAUUGAAUUGAAAACAAUUUUGUCUUUAAGACUGCAGUCGAAUUGCAUACUUGUAAACCUUCUCAAAGCCAUUACAUGGCACUGGAUGACAGAACUCGUUCACAACUGAUGGCAGAUUCCAGUCCGCUCAGCGCUGAACAAAUCAGCGAGUACGCUUCUCUUAACCCAUACACACGCUCCUGGGAGACUCCUAGAGAACAUGUGACGAUAAAGCAGAUUGUUGGAAAAGGUGCUUUUGGUCAGGUUGCCAAGGCAACAGCCGUUAACCUACAAGGAAGAGCCAAGAAGACGCUCGUAGCAGUUAAAAUGUUGAAAGGUACCAAGUCAUGUUUUACUUGGUCUUUGAACUGACUUACAAGUCUGUCCAAAUUGUUCCGUUUUGUUUUAUAUUGUUUUAUUGUGAUUUUAACCAUAUGCUUCUGCAUAAUUUCCAAGUUCCUGUCUAGAGUAAUCACACUCUAUAUGACUAGUCCACAGUUAUGUCCAUAGCUUAAAGCUUGUUCUAUUUGAUGUAGCGAUGGAAUUUUAAGGUGCGAUGUUAAUAUACCUCCUUAAAUAAUAGUUCUAUUUUAGAGCCUCGGCGCUUUACGUUGGUGAAGAAAAGCACCUUAAGUGUGAUGUACGGUAGAGUCGAAUGAUAUCUAUUUAUCUAUCUAUCUAUCCGUCUGUCUAUUUUUCUGUCUGUCUGUCUAUCUAUCUAUCUAUCUGUCUGUCUGUCUAUCUAUCUAUCUAUCUAUCUAUCUAUCUAUCUAUCUAUCUAUCUAUCUAUCUAUCCAUCUCUCUGUCUAUCCGUCUAGCUAUCUAUAUAUCUGUCUCUCUAUCCAUCUAUCAAUCUGUCUACAUAUCAGUGGAUCUAUUCUAUUUAUCUAUCUAUCUAUAUAUCUACCUAUCUACUGAUUUAUCCAUCUGUCUACCUUUCCUUAUAUUAUGUUACAGUUGAACGAUAUUAUUGUGAUUCAUUGAAAUGUUAUUCAACAAUGAUUGAUCGGAAAUCAUGUUGCAGAAAACGCCUCUGAAUCAGAGAGAAAGAAUUUGCUGUCUGAACUUGAAUUGAUGAAACAACUUAAACCUCAUCCUUACGUUAUCAAACUCCUGGGAUGUGUUACCAAGUCCGGUAAAUACUGAAAUGUUUAUUAUUAGCUAUGGUUACAGUCAAACAAAUUAGGUUUUAAAAUAUAGAUAAGAUUCGUUUUUCUCGGUAUGUUGGUGUUUGAGCUUAAGAUAUCUUUCCUCUUAAUUUAUAUAGUAUACCGUAAUGAUUUGAUUUGGCGCCCGGGACACUUAUUUACUUUUGGUAGGCAAGGGAAGGGUGCUUAUUUGAAACAGGGUGGUAAUCAGGGACAGGGCGCCUAUUGUUUUUUUAAGAACCAGCAGAAUGUGCAAAACAAAGCUUUCAAUUGAUAUUUAUUUGAAAAGGAUUUAAAAAUAUGUUGUUCCUACAUCCUUCAAAGAACAAAGAUCCAAGCAAACGUGGCAAACAUUUUUUAUUCGUUUGAAGGAACUGUGCACUCACAUAGACAUAAUAGUUGAGAGACUGAGAGGAAGCUCACUGUUUUUGUAAUGAGGCCACAUGUGAACAAUGAAACGAAGAUGAACCACGGUUGAUCUCAGUGUACAUGUACUCUAACAGUGCUAUCACUGAAACAGAACAUGGGCGCUUAUUGGAAUGAGACUGCUUAUUAGAAUUAGGGUGCUUCUUAAGAAAAAAAAACCAAAUUCGAGGGGGGUGCUUGAUAAAGAGGGGACGCUUAUAGAGUACGGCACUCAACAUUUUACUCUUUAAUAGGGUAUCCAGUCGUUUCGUACGGAGUCAUCUCGUACUCAAAUUUAGUCCAUUCUUACAUAAUAGGAUUUGGUUUCUACUAGAAAUACUUCACGCGCUAUUGCGUGAACACAUCUCCGUUGUCGCCAACGACAAGUAAGUAGAUCCAAGCGAGUAAGAUUUUCCUCUUUACCGACUUUACUUUAAAGAUACUUCACACAUAAAACAUACCCUAUUAAUUUGGGCACGAAACAACCCAACUGACUGGGUACGAAACGACUAGUAACUUCGGGUAAAAGUAGACUACGAGUACUCCGUCCUUUUUCGGCGAAGUAAAAAAAUCAGCGGAAACAAAAUUAACACAGGAAGUGAUGGGUAGAGACCCUACUUUUCGUGUGCCUCACACCCAGAGGUCCGCCCGGCCUUCCUAGUCUAGGUUAAAGUAACUGUCUGGAAAUCAAUUCUCAGUGUCACUCGUAUGGUACCUUAUUUACUCGAUUGAUCAUUGCGGCGUUUAUCACGUUUUUGAUGAUUUUGAGGAGGCCUUUGUUGGUAAAGUCCAUUUAAUUCGCCCCAUCAUUUAAUUAUCCAUUAUUUCCAUUUCUGUCAACUUUUGGGGAAAUCGUCUGACCGACGCUUAAAGCUUGGGCAUAUUAUAUUCUUGCGUGCACUUGUGAGGUCUCGAUAGAGUUUAUUUGACAGCAAAGAAGUAGUCACAGUUGUAUGCUGUCCGCAAAAUAGCAGCGUGUAUAUUAUCAAUAAGUGAGAUAUAAGAUCAGUAAAAGUUACUGGUGGACCAAGAAUGGGCCGAGACCAAAACUUUGUGCUUAAGGUUUGCACACGUUGCGAAUAUAGGCAUGUCAGAUGUCGAUAUUCUACAAGGGCGGGAAUCGGUAGUAGACCAUGAAGAUAAAACAUGACCUGCUUUAAAUUAAAGUUUAAUACGAUGUCAGUUCAGUGGCAUCGACAUUUUAUCCCUUCAUAAUUGAUUUUCUGAGUAAAAAUUUAUGGUUACAUUGCAUCUAAUAUAGAUUUACAAGAAUUGUGAAUAUUGCCGAGUCAUAAGGUCGUUGAUAUUUUAUUUUCUUAUGAACGUUAAAAAAAUGUCGUACUCUUCCAAGUGGCUGUUGUGUUUAUUAUCUAACCCUUUGUUUGUCUUUCUAGAGCCACUGUUUGUGCUGAUCGAAUAUGUUCCUUUUGGGGAUCUGCUGGGUUACCUGAGAAAGAGCCGUGGAUUGAGUGAUACGUACUAUAAAGACCCAGAUAUCAAACCACAAACAAACUUGACCUCACAGCAGCUGAUUAAGUUUGCUUGGCAAAUCGCUGAUGGAAUGUCCUAUUUGUCAUCGAUACCAGUAAGUGAUGUAAUAAUUCUUUGAAUAACGUUCUUGUAGAAUAAGGCCUCAUUUGUUACUCAAUAUACCUCAUUUUUCAUUGAAUCGUGGACUCACUGCCUAGGAUGUCAUCCCAUGUCAGCUGAGUCACCCUCAAGUCUCUCGUUUCGUUAAAGGGUGUUUUCCGAAAGAAACGUUUUCUCUUUGUGUAAGGUUAUUCAUAGAGAUCUUGCAGCUCGUAAUGUGUUGGUUGGAGAGAAGGAAACGUGCAAAGUGACGGACUUUGGAAUGGCCAGAGAUGUGCAGGAGGACAAUAUUUACGAAAGAAAAACCAGGGUAUGAAUGAUUUAAAGAAAACAUAUGUUCUUGUAAGGCUGAAGAUGCCUCACUGGAGUAACAACUUUCGUUCCAGUAGUGUCGCCAUUGGGAGCAUUAGUACUUUUUAAGGACUACGCCAACUCCUUGCUUUUCUGCUUCUUACUUAGGGGCGUCUCCCUGUAAAAUGGACUGCCAUUGAGGCGUUGCUCUACAGAAAAUAUUCUACCAAGAGUGAUGUGUGAGUACAAGGAAGACAUGAACACUGCAGUAAGGCUUAAUGAGAAUGGUUUUGUAUGAACUAUUGAUGGUCAGCAAAAGGUUAUUUGAUUACUUUUGUAUCUUGGUCUUUUUAUUUUGCUGGUGUGAGGCCAUCUUAGUGAGGGGUGGUUAUCCUCAUUUUGUAGGGGGUAGUGACCACUAAUCCACUCCUAUGACCUAUUUACUGUACAUGUAAGGCGUGAGUGGUCCAGUGGUCUGAGCGCUGGACUCUGGGUCGGACGGCCCGGGUUCGAGUCCUGGCCGGGGCACUACGUUGUGGCCUUAAGCAAGCCGCUUCACUCACCUUGCUUCGUCUUCUCGGAUAAGACGUUAAGCCGGAGGUCCCGUCUCCUGCAGGGUUUGGGUUAGGAGACGUUAAUUUCCCACGCACGAGAUUACUGUGUGAUCCCCUGGGUUAGGUUGGGUGGAUUUAAGAGGGGUAGUGCCCCGUAUGGGACUCCAUGUCCCGCUGCACUAACCCAAUUGGCGUCCGUCUAUUCGUAGACGUACCCAAUAAAGUUGUUAUAAAGUUUAUGUGUCCUUCCGCACCCCAUCCCCCCUUCCCUUUACUACCGAAGAUGUUUUAAUUGCAUUUUUUGCAGGGAAGUAAUGUUUUACUUCCUUAAAUUUAUCCCGUUUGUUUUAUAGGUGGAGCUACGGUGUUCUCCUCUAUGAGAUUUUCACGAUUGGUAAGUUACUAAGAUUACCUGUUCAGUAAUUGUAACCUCAGGAAUUGAGGGAGCAGGAAGUCAUGAAGUAAGCAGGGUGUACCAGUCUCUGUAGAAGAGGUUUUGGGUCAUACCAAGCCAGCUUAGAUUGCCACAGUCGCUGGCCUUGGCCGGAAAAAAAUUACUGAUGGAAAUACAUCUGUAGAACUUUUCAUUUUAGAGUACCUUAACCUUACCUACUCUAUUCAGGUGGUUCACCAUAUCCAAGGAUGGAUGGAAGAAAAAUUGCAAACUUACUUCAAGAAGGAUACAGAAUGCCUAAACCACAACAUGUGGAUGAUAAGUUGUAUGUUAAUAUUGUGUCAUUGUUUUCGUGAUGGCUUUUAUCGUACAAUAGUAUUUUUCCUGCUUUUUGUUUGAGUUGAAUGUGGGCCUCAAGAUUAAAUUACCUUUACGUGUUGAACCAGCCUAACGAAGGGAAACGAAAGAAGAGGUACACCAUUACGAGUUGAUCUCUGUUGCAUAAAUCUUUUGUCCUUUUUUAUAAAAUGAUGGAAUUUUUUAACUAAAAGCUUGUUCAUCAAUGAUAGGUCGAACUGUUUCUAAUUAAACUAUUUUUUUUGUCGUUCCUUAAGGUAUGACAUGAUGACAAAAUGUUGGAAAGACGACCCUAACUUGAGACCAUCUUUUAAAAAUUUGAGGAAAGAACUCAAAGACAUGGAAAACCAACACAAGGUAGAAUUGUAGAGUUUGCAAAGAGAGUCUCUCUGUUUUUAUUUCUUUUUAAAGUUUGAUUGUUGGAAUCUACCACCAUCAACUUAACUUGAUAGCGGCGUCACCUUGAAGGCUUCCAUGCGUAGUUUAUGGUUUUAAUCUAUUUCGCGCUCAGAGCAGUUUUCAAUUGAGUUUCGAAAGUGUAAAUCGAAACUGAAAUCUAAAACUAAUCCCAGCUUGAUCACACAGGUUUUCCCGCGCUUUUGGGAGGUUACCUGAAUCUACUUUGAGUUCUUAUUGGUUAAUGUUGAUGUUAACCUUUGUUCUGAUAGAUAGAUAUGAAUACUUUGGGUUUAGUCUUUCUAGGAUUAGGGUUAGUUGGUUUUUCGACAAUCAGUUUAAAACUUCUAUAUCUAAAAUUAAUUGUAUCAGCUAUGUUAAGGUUAAUGUUAAGAAAAUAACGUGUCUUCGAAAGCUUAACAAAGUAUAAUAUAAUUUAUAAUCGUUUUUCACAUUUUCUCUGAUUUCUUUUUUCUUUACAGAGGCUGAUAAAUAUAAAAAAUUACGAUGAUCGACUCUACGUUAAUGUUGACGAUCUUGCCCUGUGAGGGAGUGGCGCCCUAUGACAUCUUUUUUCCUUAUAUAGUUCACAUUUACCCAUAUUUUUUGCUGAGUAAGCAAGUCUUCAAAACAAGCUGUUUGACAGCGAAGCGAGGCAAAGUGCAGCUUUUAUAUAUUCUUAUAUAUUUUUAAAACUUUUAGUCUUGGAAAGGCAAACAGUUUUGUAUUAACGAGUUUAAAAGCUACAACCCAAAUUUUCCACUCUAGUGUUAUGGAUUUUUUCACUAGUUGUUUUUGUAUUUUAUAUAUUUUAAAAUGAGCUUACGAACAAAAAAUAUUCCAAUGUUGCAUCUGCUUUCCCUUUCGUUACAUUUUGAAAUUUAGCGGAUGAAUGUUUUUGUCGUAAAAAAUUCCUUUAUUGAUUAAGGUGUCGUGAUAGGGAAAACAAUCAUAUUUUUUGAACCUGCGAUUAAACUAUGUUUUGCCGGUGUUCGUUAAGAAAAGUAAGUUUUUCGCCAUGUACUGAUCAAUUUCAUCGCAAAACUUUAACUUUUAUGAAGCUUUCUAAAUGGUUGCUAUGGGUUUAUAAGGGCCUAGUUAUUUUGUAAAAAUAAAGAAAAACAAUUAAAGAAAUGAAAGGGCACUCUCAGUGCAUCUUCUAAGUGUUGCAUGUCAAUGAAAUAAAAUUAAAAUUAUCAGUGAAAGCUUCA